GGUCAAAUGACCGUUUCCACUCAUGACGUACCAUCUGUUGCCAUGGUAACCAUCUGUUUGACAUUUGAGAGGCAGGAGACGGUGAAACUAAACUAAAACAUUUGGCUGUUUUUCAAGUACCGUAAGUAACAAGUGACCACCAGUGUAGAACAAUGUCUGUCCUGGACCCCAGUCCCCUGCAGACUGUCAGACCCAAACUUGUGAAUACUGAGGUUAUGCGGAACCACUCUGAGCUCUUCCGAGCAGAAUGCAGGAGGCUAAUGUUGGAAACUGAAAGUGAAUGCAAACGCAUGCAAAAUGAUGACACCAAGCGACUAGAUCAGCGGGUCAAGGACAUCCAGUUUCUGAAGAAGGAGUUGGAGCUGAAGUUGGAGGAGAUUAUUGUGGAGAUUGAUGCCCUCAUAGUGUUGCAGAGCAGAGUGGUGAAAGCCCUGGAGGCCUGCAGAGAGCCUCUGAGAGUCACCAUGGUCUGUCUGGAGGAGAGAAUGAAACGUCUCCCUUCUGAGAGGCUACAUGACGAGGUGGACAGAGAGCUGCUGAAGGAGAGGGAGCUUAUUGAGGGAGUGGCUUGCCUUCUGCAGAGUGUAGCAGAGCAGAUCACUGAGCAGAUACGAUUGAACCGAUCCGCCAAGUACCACCUGGAGCAGGAUCUGAAGGAGAAAUUUGAGGCUCAGUGCAUCGACAACUCCUGUGCCUUAAUGACCACCCAUUCCAUCAACAACCCGCAGUGGUCCAAAAACACUGAAACUGCUCUGCUGAGCUCGACUCCAAAGCAGUGGGAGAACAUCACUGAAAUCAACAUGGCCAAAGCGCAGCAGCAGCUGACCAACUCCCUGUCCCUGCGGGCCCUGGUGGAGUCUCUGCUGGAGCAGACGGCCGCUGACAUGCAGAAGCAGGUCCGGGCCACAGCAGCAGCCUUUCAGCUGAACAUCAACGAGAUGAAGUCUGCCAAGAGCCAGAUGGAGAAUCAGCUGGACAAGAUUCUGUCGGAGUUUGCCAGGCAGCAGAGGACCAGAGAGGAUCUGCAAGUGGCCAUCACAGAGAAUGAGCAUGCUCUGAGUUUGGCUCAGGCCCGGCUGGCUCUGCGUCGCCAGAGGCCUGGCAAAGAGCAAUGCCACGAUCCAGCACAGUCCCAGCUCCUCGCUGAGGUCCAGCAGCUCACCGCUCGCACCAACGAGCUGCGUCAGGCAGCGGCCCAGUCCGAAGUGGAGCAGAGGGCUCUGGCUCGCUGCCAGCUGGAGCUGCAGGAGAACAUCGAGAUGAAGGCCAACUCUCUCUACAUUGACGAGGUCAUCUGCACCCAGUACAGGGAGCCCGUUAUCAUACAUAACUUCUGAGCAUUUAGCAACAGGAAAGGUCGAGAAUGUUUGGUUAACUGUUUCCAAGCUGAACAAUUGACUUUAAAACGUAACUUUUAUAAGUGAGUGUAGACUAGAAGUCAUUAAAGGUGCUAAUGCCAAAUUCACACCAGAGCAGUGGCGGGGUGCUGCCCGCGGCCAGCUGCCAUGCAAUGUCAAUGGAAAGCUGCGGUCAUUGCUCCCGAGCUCAGCGAGCUGUGGCUCUUUCAUUCUGCAGCGCGGCAAACAUUUGAACUUUUAGCUAAGUGCGGCCGAUCAGUAAACAGAUUCUGUGACUCCUGUGACAUGUUGACCUAUGUAUUACAAAGAAUUAUUUCCUGCCUGAAACACAUGAACAUGCCUCCCGGGCCGCAGAAAAAUGUAAUUAUUGCGACGAGCCACACUUCACCGCUGCCUGGUGUGAAUUCGGUGUAAAUGCGAGAUUGGGAGCAUUUCUUUCAAAGAG